AUAUACACCUAGCGACACAGUACCAAUUAGGGGAACUUCGAAAUGCUCCGCGGGUUGAAGAAGGCAUUCAGUCGCGGCCGCCGAGGCGGUGACGACAGCACGCAGGACGUCGAAUGCGAGGAAGAAAUUGACCAUGGCGACGACGCAACCAACAGCCCCGUUAUGGUGGUUAGCAGGCAGCAGCAUACUGACGCGGCCGGAGGCCGCGGGGAUAUGGCGCACAGCGCCGCGCCACCGCCCCCAGGAGGCUACCGCGGUCAGCCCAUUGCGCCAGCACGUGCCACGAAUGCUUGGUCCUUUGGAAACUUAGCCGUAGAAGAUGACGCGCCGGCGUCAGCCCACACGGGUUCCGCGUCCACGGCAGCGACCACAGUGCCGCGCAGCCCUGCGGCCCAUGUGACGGCGUCAUCACCGUCCGCAGCGGCGGCGCAGCCAGCACAUUCGAGUGCGGCAUGGAGCGCCGCACCAGGCGUGGAAAAGGAGCACAAGCCUUCGAAGCUGUCGGCGUUGUUCCAUCGGUCAGGCAGCAAGAAGGCUGAGAAGGUCACGGCGCUGGGCAGCGCUGAUGUUCACACGCAUUUCAGCGACAAGUUCCGCGAGCCGACGGAGGUGCGGACUGGCCCCGGCUUGCAGCCUCUCCUUGCCUCGCGGCACUUGGUGGCGCGACAGGGGGGUGCGACCGACGCAGAUGACUUGGCAGCGAGCUCCCCCUCGACCCGCAGCGGCGCCGCACGAACAGGCUCCCUCCUUGCUACCCCAUUGGCGGUCGAGGAUCGCCGGGGCCUAGUCAUGUGAGCAUUCUGCAACCAGUCAGGGCUCGAAGAAUGAACUGUAUACUCACGAGGCGAGGGGCAACAACAGCUGUACCCAGGGGCGGCGGUUACUCACACAAGUUGAAACGGGCGUGUGCACAAGUAACUGACGCAUGAACGGCUGGCAGGUCUUACGGUGCCGGCAGCACUGAUUGUAUUCACACACACGAUGCGCCACAAAUACUGCACAGCAUCCACCUUUGUUUACAGCGAUUGAUGUAUGGAGGCGCUAUACCACGUGUGAGCCGGCAGCAGAGCACGAGGGCGGGUGAUGGAGGGGAGCUGUACAGGGUGAUGUAGUACGGUAUCUAACAAUCUGCCUGUCUUGUGCUUCAGUGCGCUAGGACUGUGCAUGUGGGUCUUUUGGUUGGAGGUAGCCGCUAUGAUUACUGGGAUUCGGGCUUGACCUGGCGGGGGUGCGUUGAACGACUGUGGAUUGGAGGGGAUGGCUGGGAGUGCGUGCUGAGUUGGCGGGGGUUGAUCGACUAUAACACCAAAUUGGUUUUGGUAUAAAGCGACGCGCACCAUUUCGCUGGCGGGCUCCACAGGUUGGCGAACUUCACAGUUCCACGAUUGACCAAAGCUUGGAGUAAGGCGUUCCCCAGGCACUUAAACCGUGUUUCUACACUUGCAAUUUUAUUGUGCACUU